AACUGUGGUGACGUCAGACGCAAAGGAGCGUCGCUGUAUUUUCCUCAUCGAUCGCAGGUGUCUCUACCGGCCGUCACGAAGGAGUUACAGUGACCUACUUAGAAUGACUUUGGGUGCAGUUGCCUCCGCGAUCCUUGCCAUAGGAGGAGCUGCAGUGUUUUCUGCUCUUCAUAAGAUUGAAGAAGGACAUGUGGGUGUCUACUACAGAGGUGGAGCUCUGCUGACCACCACCAGUGGCCCUGGAUUUCAUUUGAUGUUGCCGUUCAUUACUUCAUUCAAGUCUGUACAGUCAACCCUACAAACAGAUGAAGUAAAGAAUGUUCCAUGCGGCACGAGUGGAGGUGUAAUGAUCUACUUUGAUCGCAUUGAGGUUGUGAACUAUCUUGCUCCUUCAGCAGUUUAUGGCAUUGUGAGAAACUUCACUGCCGACUACGACAAAGCUCUGAUUUUCAACAAGGUUCACCAUGAGCUGAAUCAGUUCUGUAGUGUGCACUCACUUCAGGAGGUCUACAUUGGUCUAUUCGAUCAAAUAGACGAGAAUCUAAAGCUCACGCUGCAGCAGGAUCUCACCAGCAUGGCACCUGGACUCAUCAUUCAGCAGGCAGUCCGUGUCACCAAACCAAACAUUCCAGAAAGCAUUCGCAGGAACUAUGAACUAAUGGAGAGUGAGAGAACGAAGUUACUGAUUGCGGCUCAGACUCAGAAGGUGGUUGAGAAGGAGGCAGAGACAGAGAGGAAAAAGGCUGUCAUCGAGGCAGAGAAGGUGGCUCAGGUGGCUGAAAUCAAAUUUGGACAGAAAGUUAUGGAAAAAGAAAUAGAGAAAAAGAUCUCAGAAAUUGAAGACGGCGCUUUCAUUGCUAGGCAGAAAGCAAAAGCAGAUGCAGACUUUUACACUGCACAGAGAGCAGCUGAGGCCAAUAAGCUGAAGCUGACCCCUGAAUAUCUUCAGCUGAUGAAAUUUAAGGCAAUUGCAGCUAAUAGUAAGAUUUACUUUGGAAGUGAGAUCCCUCACAUGUUCAUGGAUUCGGGACCAGGAAGCUCUUCCUCAGCUGUCUCCAAAGCCAUAGACGUCCUCUCAGAGGGCAUACUGGACUUGGAAUGACGAGAGAAGUUGUGUUUUAGCACUGAGGAUAAAUGAACAGGUAAUGAAAGAGACUAAUGGCAAGUCAUUAGACUGCACUGGUGCAAUCAGUGCAGCUGAUACCACUUUAGUAAAGUAACAUGGAGCUGUAUCAGUGGGACCGAAAUACUUUAACUGUGUCUAUACCCUGGUGAGUUGAUCACAAACCAGUGGUGGUUAACCAGAGUAUUAUACUUAAAUGGAACAGAGUGUGGGAAUGUGAAUUUGAAUGUGAAUGCAUGUACGAGAUUUGUGCAUGUUUUAAAUGUUUUAAGAUACAUCAAGUUUAUAAAAUUAAAGAGACAUUCAAUUUUUUUGUAUUUUUUUACGCUGAGCAAUUGGAUUAUGUACUUGAUAGACAUUUUAGUGUCUUGAAGGCUUUUAUACCUCAGGGAUUCUUUUACUGGGUUUACAGAAUCAAACACAGAGUAUGUACUAGAUUAGGAUAGUGUUCUAAAUGUUGUUGCCAUUUACAUUUUUACUGAUCAGCUGACUGCCCUUGUUUUAACCUCCCAUUGAUGAAGCCAAAAUAUAAAUGUUUAAUUUAUAUUAAUUUAUAGUGUCAUGAAUGUGGGGGAAAACAAGGACAGUCUGCUGAGUCUGUAACGAUUCAAAUCAAAUGGUAACAAAAUUUAGAACAAUAUCCUAAUCUAGCACUCCAAGUACUGAGAAAUCUUUCUAGAGGUAACAAUUUAUAGUGAGAAGAUGGUUGUGUAAACCUGCAAAAUAGUAAUGUCAUCUGAAAACAAUGUAGCAUAAAGCUGUUAUUGUUAAAUAUAAAAGUACAGCAUCAUAAAUUACAUAUAUCAGUUGUGUGCAGAGUUUUAUUUUGAAUGUAGCAAGAAACUUUUCAUCCUAAGCGAUGUUCACUUUAAAAUGAUAUCCCCCUUUAAAUCGCCAGGCGUUUUGUGCCUUUUCCAGCACAGCACUCAUAAACCCAGAGUAGGAGUCAUUUUCACAUUUCUGUGGAUUUGAGUGUUCACUACAUCAGAAAUGAGUCUUUGUUGCAGUCUCACCACUGACCUUUAGAAAGCGGCAUGUCUGUGGGCUGUUUCUCACCCAUGGAAUGUUGAUUCUACUUGACGUUGUUAGCUAGUCAUGUUUGGAAUAUGUUCUGUUAAUGAUUUCAAUUUCUCUUAAACUGAGGUUCUAUUACAAAAUAUACAGGUAUUUAUUUCCAGUGUUAAAAAUUU